AUGGCUAGUCACGAUCAAGGAGAAGGCGGCAGCAGCAGGAGGCAGAUUUUUGGACUUGAUAUCCAGGCAGGCGACGGUGGUGAAAAUAUUGGGAUGUCAGACUUUGACAAUGCCAGUGGUCCAGGUGCACGCCAAGGUGCUGGUUACGACAUUAUUGACAAUAAAAUUUCUGCAGGUGCACAAGCCAAGAAUGUUGGGCUUCACAACUUUGGCAACACCAGAACCGAUGAUGGCUCCACCUGUUGUUGCUUCCCAUGGUUUGGGAGAAGAAGAAGCUGA